AUGUGCCAUCGGUUGGUUGAAAAAUUUCAGGAAAGACUACACCAUCAAACUCAACAAACAGUGUUGUCUGAUGAUCACAAAUUCAAAACAUGCGUAUAUUUCACUAAUUGGGCUGUGUAUGAUAAAAAACAUUUUCCCAAUCACUUACCCAUUGAAUAUUAUACCCACAUAUUUUAUGCCUUUAUAACCAUUGACCCUGAUACUGGAAACGUUAAGCUCUCCGACAAAUGGUGUGAUUUGGAGUUACCAGAAGAAUCAUUAUUACCAGGAGAAACCGUUCAUGGAAGUUUGCAGCAAUUGUACCAAAUGAAGAAACUUAACCGAACUUUAAAGGUGAUAAUGUCUGUUGGUGGUUGGGGUACAGAUCACUUGUUUGAUGCAGUGGUUGCCAAUAAACAGAAAUUACAGAAUUUUGUUUACUCGUCGGUGGAGUUUGUGGAGGAGUACGGAUUCGAUGGGAUUGACAUUGACUGGGAGUAUCCAAAGAAUGCUAAGCAAGGCCAGCGAUUUGUGGAUUUGUUACGCUUGAUGCGCGAGAGACUACCACCAAGGUAUUCUUUGACUGUCGCCGCUCCUGCAGGGAAUGCUAAUAUCCAUAAUUUGAAUAUAAGCGACAUGGAUCAAUAUUUGAGUUUCUGGAACUUGAUGUGCUAUGAUUUUGCAGGUCAGGGAUGGUCACAAAAGACGGCAUUUCACUCCAACCUUUUUGGUUCUAAUGGUGAUAAUGAAAUGAAUGUGUCAGAUAUCGUCCAAACGUAUCUUCUGAAAGGAGUAAUACCAUCGAAGCUAGUCGUAGGAUGUCCAAUGUACGGCAGAGUAUUUACCGGGGUAAAUUCUUGCAAAAUAGGCGAGGCGUUUGAUAAACAACUGUCCUGCGACUCGAAUGAUAUAAUUAACUACAAUGAAAUCGAUUCUUUUUCCGAACAACAUUUUGAUGCCAGGAAAGUGGGAGCGUACGCUUAUGAUUCCAAGUCCCACAGAUUGGUGACGUAUGACAAUGAUCAAAGUGCAAAAAUCAAAGGCAAUUUUGUAAAGUCGAAAGGAUUGGGAGGAGGAAUGUGGUGGGACUCAUCGGGGGACAAGCUUGCUUCCCCGGCCCCUGCUACAGAGUCUCUUGUGGUAAAUUUUGUUGACCAGCUUGGCGGUGUUCGUCAAUUAGAUCAGAGCGAAAACUGUUUACUAUAUCCGCAAAGUAAGUACUUGAAAAAUUUGAAACCUUGA